AUGCCAUUGCCAGAACCACGCGAGCUCACUCCUCGCAUCUGCGAGUUGGGAACCUGUAGCGAGGCAGAUAAAGAUCUUCUGAAGCGCUGCUCAAGCUGCAAGGCGGUGUACUACUGCGGAGCAUCCCAUCAAACGACUGACCGAAGUCAUCACAAAAAUGCCUGCACCAUCAUCAAAAAAGCACGCAAGGCGGUAGAGAAGGAGGAGCAAGAGCUGCGCGAUCACCCGGGAGAUAUGUUCACCCCGCCGAACAUCUUUGAGAACGGCGUUGGACAUUUCUGGGGUAUUCAUGAGACGCGUGCGUAUAUGCGUGCGCGAUAUCAUAUGGUCGACGUAUUGCUUCAAGUCUUUGGCACGCCAGGUGGUAAAAUUGACGCGGUCCAAGAGGCCUUGGACCAUCUGGUUGAUAUGCUUCGUCUUUGUCGGGGCGACAACAUGGGUGUGAGGGAUCUUGUGCCGCAUUUGUACAUCCGGCUCAACAGGGAUCAGGAAGCCUACGAUUUCGUCAAGUGGUACGCAACCACCGGCUCAGAGUCCAAGUAUGACUGGGGCGACAUAGACCAGCCAUACCUCGAUAUCAGGGAUGCGGAUGUUUUGGAGGAGCCAUUGGAGACUUGGGCGAACGGGAAGUAUCUCAGCUUAGGCCACGUGGCGGCUGUCACGCUGAUCAAAGUGAGGAUUCUACUUGACUUGCAGUCUGCACAGAACGCCGCACGAGCUCUCAACGGUACUAUCCCACCAGAGAUUGUUGGACUUAUCCGCGGUGAGCUUGUCGGCAGCGCUGUGGCGGGACGCCCAGAUAUCCUCAUGGGUAGCACAGAACAUUUGUCUAAGCUUAUCAAGAAGGUUAAGGGCCAGAUUGCCAAGCUUUACAGAUCUGUGAAUGAGUAUAAUCCUCACUUCUGGCGUUUGAUGUUGAGCUGUCCGGUAUCGGCCGCUUCACAAAGACCUGGGAUGUACUCGCAUGAAACGAAGGAGGAAGCUUGUCUCAUGAUUGGGUACUGCCUUGCUUCUUGGGUUGAGACACCCGGUGCCUUCCAGUUAAUGAAGGACUUGAGUCAGACUGUUUAG